ACACGCGCUGCGUCUGCGCCUUCAACUCACCAUGAGGACCAGCAGAAGAAGAAGGAGGCAGUCGGCCGGAGAUGGCUGAAUUGUCCGAAUCCCGACUGGGAAUACGACUGACGCCUUAAAGCCCUCCUGUUCGUCCUGUGCCAGAGGAGCUGAGAACAAGAUGCUGCUCAAAAUGCCCCAGAAGCUGCUGAAAACCGCCCACUACAUCGAGCUGGGCAGCUACCAGCACUGGCCUGUGCUCAUACCCCAGAGGAUACGACUGUACACCUACGAACAGAUCCCCCUCUUCCUCAAAGAAAACCCCUACAUCACAGAUGGCUACAGGGCUCACCUGCCCUCCAAGCUCUGCCUCAAGAGCAUUUUCAUUCUGUCCAAUGAGACGGUGAACAUCUGGAGCCACCUGCUGGGCUUCCUGCUCUUCUUUCUUCUGGGAGUCAAUGACCUCUCCUCUAUACUGCCGGCUUCUGGAGCGAACAGAGAGGACUAUGUCAUCUACGCUAUAGGAUUGUUCUGCUUUCAGGUGUGCAUGUUGUGCUCAGUGGGGUACCACCUGUUCUCGUGCCACCGAUCAGAGAAGACAUGCCGUCGCUGGCUCGCUCUGGACUAUGCAGGCAUCUCUGUUGGCAUUCUGGGCUGUUACGUACCUGGGAUUUUCUAUGCUUUCUAUUGUAAUGCGUUUUGGCGACAGGUGUACCUGCUGACGGUGUUGUCUCUGAUCCUGGCGGUGUUUUGUGCUCAAGUUCAUCCUCGUUACCUUAGUAACGACUGGCGGUGGAUACGCAUGGCGAUCUUCUGCUGUGUGGCAGGCAUCAGUGUGAUUCCAGCAUGUCACUGGGUUUGGCUCACUGGAGGAUUCACCACUGCUGUUGUCCAGUUGUUCCUGCCUCGUGUGAUAGUGAUGUACAUGAUAGCUGCUGCUGCGUUCUUGUUCUAUGUGACCAAGAUCCCGGAGCGCUAUUUUCCAGGCCAGCUGAACUAUCUGGGCGCCAGCCACCAGGUGUGGCACAUACUAGUGGUAGUGAUGUUUUACUGGUGGCAUCAGACCGCUGUACACAUCAUGCACUUCAGGCACAGCCAGCCCUGCUCGGCCCAGAGCGGUAGCAGCUAAGUAAAACUGAUCAAAUAAUGCUGUUGAAAGAAUGAAAGUGUUUGAAGCCAGUUUGCUGCUGGCACAGUUAUACUACUGCACCAGAAACAGUGUUAACUAACUGCCAAUAUUAAGUAUGAACUACUAGAACUGAAUGUGACAGUGAUGAGUAGCUUCUUUCUUUCUCUGAGCUGCUUUUUAAGGGGAACUGGCUGCUAUAGGCUUGAGCUAACAGGAGGACCAGAACAUGUGCUGGGUAGUACUGUAGAGAUGAUCAGAGUUGAUGCUUGUGUUUUUAUUUAUCUAAGAAUGAAGCUGGUGCUUAAACAAUAUUAUCAUGUUUUCUCAUGCAUGAAUUAGGUAGUUUUUCUGUCGAAAUAUCGACAAGUAUUCUUCUGAAUCAAACUGAAUACCCAGUGUGAACAAAGACCUUUCUCGUUUCAUUCAAUAUAUUGUGAAUGUCCUUUUUUUAAGAGCAUGUAAAAUGUGUAACAGCUGGAAAUUCAACAUAAUUUGGGGAAAGGUGGGUUUUUGUUCUUCUUCUCAUAUUUGAACAAAUAGUUUGUAAAAUAGUUUCCUGAUGCUUUUUUCUUUUUUCCCAUUGAGCAUUGUCUCAACCUUUUGAACAAACAAGCUUUGCAACACAUCAUUUGUUGCCUCAGUUUUCCAAGAAGUGAAUGCAACAUGUACAAAUUUACAAACGGAGCAGUUGGUUGAUCUAACGUAAAUAAAACAACAAACAACUUUAUCUCACUAGCCGCAACGGGUGAGGAGGUGGCCUGUGGCAAAACCUGUCUCCUCCUACUACAAUGAAUGUGAUGAAAACCUUUUACUGUGAGUGCUUCACAGAAGCCACUGUUUAAACUGGUUUUAGGAACUCCCUGGCAAUGGAAGAACUGGUGGCACAAAAAUCUUGCCAAUAGUGAACAGUAGCACUUACAUGUUGAGUGACAGUGGUGACUAUCACUUCCCGCUGCUGUGGAUCAUAACUGCGUGUGAAGAACUGGUUAAUACUGUACCUGCUUGAUGCUGUUUGAAAUGAGGCCAGUUAAAGGCGUUUCAGGUUUUGUUAGUACACUUUAGGACAAUUACGUGUUGGAAUGUAGUGUUAUUUUUGUGUAUUUGUUUACGUUACUUGCCUUAUCAUGUGGAUCUGUACUGUGUUAACACUUGCUGUUACUACUGUAUCUGACAUCAUACGGAACAAAACCUCUGAACUCGGACCAGUCAGUCAUUUGUGCUCGAACGCCACAAGGCCAGUGAAUUUUAGUGGUGGUUCAGGUAACACAACGUUGGACUAAGCACAGUUAGCGCUAAAAGAUGAACCCAUAUUUAGCCUUUUUUAGGUUUUUAUGGUUCAUCAAAAUCUACUGCUCAUACGUUGCUAGGUACAAAGAUGCAGUGUUUUACUCUGUACGUGUCUUUUUUCUUUAACUUCAUUUGUAUGAAAAACCACUGGAACUGACUUGCAAGAUGUAUAAUAUUUAUUUUGGUGCCUCCUGUAAAAAUAUAUUUUUAAACUAUUUGAAUGAACAAAAAAUGCUGUAACACAA